CAAUUGUCAACGUCAAAAAUGAUAAAUGGAUAAACAAAACAGCACUAUGCCUACUACUCAAUACGAAGAAGAGCGUGUUUGGGAAGGUUCAAAUCACCAAUAUGAAGAUGAAGGUGCAGAAGAUGUCAUUGAUAAUCCUGAAGAAGUUCUGCAAGAGUGCUUGGAAAAGUUCAAAACUCCUGACUACAUCAUGGAGCCAGGUAUUUUUGGACAGCUCAAAAGAUAUUUCCAAGCAGGAGGAAACCCAGAGCAAGUUAUUGAACAACUUUCUAUUAAUUACAAUGCUGUUGCACAAAUGGCCAACUUACUGGCAGAAUGGCUUAUUCUUGCAGGAGUUAAAGUAACAGAGGUCCAAGCUAUGGUGGAAAAUCACUUGAAGGAAAUGAUUUUUAAAACAUUUGAUCCUAAAAAAGCUGAUACAAUAUUUACUGAAGAAGGUGAAACACCUGCCUGGCUUACAGAAAUGAUUGAGCACCCAACAUGGAGGUCAUUAAUUUAUAGAUUAGCUGAAGAAUACCCUGACUGCCUUAUGUUAAACUUUACUAUAAAGUUAAUAUCAGAUGCUGGAUUUCAAGGUGAAAUUACAAGUAUAUCCACUGCAGCCCAACAGAUUGAAGUAUUUUCUAGAGUUUUGAAAUCAGCUAUAGUUGGAUUUUUACAAAGCUCAGAGGAUUGGCAAAAUAAUGUUACUGAAUGUGCUAAAAUGGUUUGUCACGGUGCACACACCUAUGUGUAUAGCCAAGUGAUAGUGCACAUACUGUCUCAAGAACCAAGAGGUGGAGCUAUUAUGAAAAGACUUAGUCAGGAAAUAACUCGCUGUGCCCAACAAAGUAAUCACGACGUCACUCCAAUAACACUGGCUCUGACGCCGGGCGAGUCGUGGCGCGGGGCGCGAACAGCGCUGGCAGCCAUGCUGUCCCGAGGGGCACUAAACCCGGCGGAUAUAUCCGUGCUCUUUCGCGCCUACACACAUGCUGAGCCUCCUCCUGUCCAUUUGCUGAGAAUACCACAUUUUUUGGAACUCCUUGUGGACUCGCUGUUUAAAUUGGGUAGCAAACUUAAUCCUGAACACAAAUCGAAGUACAUGUAUUUAUUGGCGUAUGCUGCAAGUGUCUGCGAGGGCGUGUCCCCCGGCAGGCCAGUCAAGGAUGAGCUGAAGGCGACUGUGCAAGCUAUCGAAAAGAUCCACGCUGUCUGCAGCAGCUCGGCUAGCUCCAGUGAAUUGAUUGCUGAGUUACCUUCUCUGUACCAUUGCAUAAGAUUCCCAGUGGUUGGAAUGGGUGUCCUCGUGUGGGUGGAAUGUGUGGUAACUGAAAAGUCUUAUUUCAAGUUAUGCACUGAGCACUGUCCCGUCCACCUGGCGUUGCUCGACGAAGUUGCUUCCUGUCAUCCAUUGCUGCAUCACAGAUUGCUGAAAUUAUUGGUGCAGCUGUUUGAAUCGCCACAAGAUGAAUUGGAAAUAUUAGUUCAGUUGGAACUGAAGAAAAUGUUACUCGACAGAAUGGUUAACUUAUUGAGCAGAGGUUGUGUGAUGCCCGUCCUGCAAUACAUCAAACAGUGCGUGACUCGAGGCGACACAGAUAUUUCACUUAUAAGAUAUUUUAUUACUGAGGUCUUAGAUGCAAUAGCUCCACCAUAUACCCAAGAGUUUGUUCAGCUAGUAUUGCCAAUGGUGGAAAAUGAGGAAAUCACAGGGACAAUGAGAGCAGACGGUGAAAAUGACCCAGUGUCUGAAUUCAUAGUUCACUGCAAAGCACAUUAUGUAGUAGUAUAAGCUUCAAUAAAUAGUACAUAAUUUAAUAA